GGAGGGCACUCAGUGUAUCACAAACUAGAACAUUAGCACCAACAAGCUCCAGAGCAUCAUCACUCUCUGGAAAGCCUUCUGAAUUAGACAAGAGCUGCCUCUCAGCACAGCUACAAAACACUUUAAACCUGACCAGCUAAAUGGAUAAACCUAUCCUGCAUAGCUUUUAAACUGGGGUCUUUUAAACAGCACAGGAGGCCUGCUUGCUUCAGGAACUGGAGAGCUGGAGGAUGGAUUGCUGUGUCUGGGAAUGGCAAAAGGCAGCAGAAUAAGGGAUGCUAGGGAACUUUGUGUGGGUUACUGGCAUGCACGCCGGAUGGUGGUGAUGUGAGUGGCAGCUGUGCUGUGACAUGAAGGUUGCGAUGGUUUAAAGAAAGGAGCCCAGUUAAAAAAAAAAGAGAGAGCCAGAGAGAGCAAACGAGAGAGAGAGAGAGAGAGAGAGAGAGAGAGAAGAAAACAGCUGGAGGAAGAAAAAAGGGGAUACGCUUGUGGAUGACAAAAGGAUGGGUUUCCAUUUAAUUAAGCAGCUGAGAGGCAUGAGUGUGGUGUUAGUGCUACUUCCUACGGUGCUGUUUGUUAUGCUCACUGGGGCUCAGCGCGCUUGCCCCAAGAACUGCAGAUGUGAUGGCAAAAUUGUGUACUGUGAAUCUCACGCAUUCAGAGAUAUCCCUCAGAAUAUUUCUGGAGGAUCUCAAGGCUUAUCAUUACGGUACAACAGCAUCCAGAAGCUUAAAUCAAAUCAGUUUGCAGGCCUGAAUCAGCUCAUCUGGCUUUAUCUUGACCAUAAUUAUAUCAGCUCGGUUGAUGAGGAUGCAUUUCAGGGGAUCCGAAGGCUGAAGGAAUUAAUUCUAAGCUCCAACAAAAUUACUCAUCUGCACAACAAAACAUUUCACCCGGUCCCCAAUCUCCGCAAUCUGGACCUUUCGUACAACAAGCUGCAGGUGUUACAGUCAGAGCAGUUUAAGGGCCUUCGCAAACUCUUGAUCUUGCACUUGCGGUCAAAUUCACUGAAAACGGUACCAAUCAGAGUUUUUCAAGAUUGCCGGAACCUUGAUUUUCUGGAUUUGGGCUACAACCGUCUGCGGAGUUUAUCCCGUAAUGCUUUUGCUGGCCUCCUGAAGUUAACAGAGCUCCAUCUAGAGCACAACCAGUUUUCUAAGAUCAACUUUGCCCACUUUCCACGCCUCUUCAACCUUCGAUCCAUUUAUUUGCAGUGGAAUAGGAUCCGGUCUAUUAGCCAAGGGUUAACAUGGACUUGGAGUUCCUUGCACAACUUGGAUUUAUCAGGGAACGACAUUACGGGAAUAGAGCCCGGGACGUUCCAAUGCCUGCCCAACCUGCAAAAACUGAACCUGGAUUCCAACAAACUCACCAACAUCUCUCAGGAGACCAUCAAUACAUGGAUCUCACUAACAUCCAUCACUCUGUCCGGAAAUAUGUGGGAAUGUACUCGAAACAUUUGCCCUCUGUUUACUUGGCUUAAGAAUUUCAAGGGGAAUAAAGAAAGCACUAUGAUAUGCGCAGGCCCUAAGCACAUCCAGGGUGAGAAGGUGAGCGAUGCUGUGGAAACAUAUAAUAUCUGUGCUGAAAUCCAGGUGGUGGUCACUGAAAGAUCAUACCAGGCACCUAAAACACCCCAGAGGCCACUUUUUAUUCCCAAACCUACCAUUUCUAAACUGGAAAGUAAUCAGCCAACCUCUGUUAUGCCAAGUCCUUCUCCGGACCUGCCAACACCUGGAGUGGAACCAGAGUAUGAGCAUGUUUCCUUUCACAAAAUCAUUGCUGGGAGUGUGGCCCUCUUUCUUUCAGUGGCUAUGAUUUUGUUGGUUAUCUACGUGUCGUGGAAGCGCUACCCAGCCAGCAUGAAACAACUCCAGCAACACUCUCUUAUGAAGAGGCGCAGAAAAAAGGCCAGAGAGUCUGAGAGGCAAAUGAACUCCCCUUUACAGGAGUAUUAUGUGGACUACAAGCCAACAAACUCUGAGACCAUGGAUGUAUCCGUUAAUGGAUCUGGACCCUGCACAUAUACUAUUUCUGGCUCCAGGGAAUGUGAGGUUCCUCACCACAUGAAGACUUUGCCCUAUUACAGCUAUGACCAACCAGUGAUCGGAUACUGCCAGGCUCAUAAGCCUCUCCAUGUAAAUAAAGGGUACGACACCAUCUCCCGGGAGCAGGCUGAGACCAGCAACUUGGAACUCAGUCGAGACCACAGCUUCAUAGCUACAAUUGCGCGUUCGGCUGCUCCAGCCAUCUAUAUUGAGAGAAUACCAAACUAACGAUGGAGACAGCUUCUUCGGGGGGGUUGGGAAGGGAGUUCUUUUGAGGGACUUUUCAUCUCAGAAGAGAACAGGGCAAGGGGGGCAAAUCUACCAUUCCACUUACAAAUGUUCCAAGGCAAACACAAGGAAAUUUCUUUGAGGACUGCGGGAGUUCUAUCUUUCAGUACAUCGCUGAGAACUUCAGGAUUUUCUUUGCUUUAAAACUUUCAAACAAACUCCUCAAAUGUAAAUAUUAAAGAGAGAUUGUCAAGUUCUUAUUAAAAAUAGAUUUCACUCUAGCUACAUAAAGGGAUGGAUAAGAGUUCUGUUUGUAUAUUUGAUUUUUCUACAUUGCACGGUUCCUUGGAAGGAGAACCACAGAAAAAAAUG